AUGAGAAAUCGCUUCAGGAAACAGAACUGUGACCUGAUGGAGGCAAUCAAUGCCCUGGAUCCUGCACAAGCCACAUUCUUGGAUGUCAGCAAGGUGAAGCCUUUACUUGACCUCACCAAGACACCUGCUGUGGACUCUGAAUUCGAGGUUGCUCGCAACUUCCUCAGGACACAAAUGAAAGAGUCUUCUCCACCGGAUGAGGCGAAGUGGACAAUCAAACAGGUGAGUAAGACUAGGUCCAAAAUGGCCGCCUCCAUGCAUCCACUUUUGGUAAGCCUCUCAUUGGCCGUCCUCCUGGGCUUGAACUCUCUUGGUGGACUGAACUCUUGGCCCUCAGGGCAGGUUUCGGCCCAGGUCUCUGCCAGCAACCAGACAACAGAGGCCAAUGUGGCACCAGAGGCUGCCCUGGCAACGCCCACACCAGACCCAGAGGAAAAAACAAUUGAGACUGCCGGUAACCGGUGCUGGGGUUACUAUGAUGUCAUGGGCCAAUGGGAUCCGCCUUUUAACUGUAAUGCAGGUAUCUACUUGUUCUGUUGUGGGUCCUGCUUCUAUCGGUUCUGCUGCCAGUUCAAAAUCCACAGUUUGGACCAGACUUCCUGUUCCAACUAUGAUACGCCUGUGUGGGCAAACACAGGGCGACCGGCAGCACCCGUCACAGAGGUCCACCAGGAACCGGACCGUGAUCGGACCCAUAUGAUCGUGUAUAUCAUCUGUGGAGUGGUGGCCAUAAUGGUGUUGGUCGGGAUUUUCACCAAACUCGGGCUAGAAAAGAGUCAAGGAGGACAAACGGAUAUGACCAACUCCAGGACUUUGACAGAGCUUCUGAAGCAGCCAGGGGAAGCAGGAGUGGUGGACGGAACUGGGGUUCAUCAUCCCAUAGGGACCAACGGCAUCUCCGCCAGGGCGCUACGAACCAACAACGAUCACAACCAUUUGAACAACGCAGCCUUGUCUCCCCUGGGUCCUGCUAUGGCCUUGUCUCACCCUCAUAACAACCUGGGAAUUGGCUUCAACAAGUACACGUCCCUCAAGGCAGUUGACACGACUCCAAGAGACUACUACAAGAGCUAUCCAAUGGUAGACUACACCCACCGACAGUCCCCGCCCACUUUCCAGCCAAUCAACUUCCAUCCAAAAGACAAGCCCUUCCUCCCACCGCCCGACAUCCACGCGCCCCUGGCCAUCACCAUCAACGCCGCCCAAAUCCCCAAGCCUAAGAUCUCCAAAACCAACACCCACCCACUCACGUCCAGUUCGGCCUUCAAAGCGUGGGACCCCAGCAAGAGCCACAUCCAGCACCCUGCGGCCUCCCACAUGGGCCUCCAGGCGCAGCCGCAGCACCACCCCAUCCAGCAGCAACAGCACCAGCCGCUGCACCAGCAGAACAGCCGGCGCCAGGCCUACUCCAACAAGAGGCAGUUCAGCAUUGAGACGCUACCGGAGUUGUUCUCGCAACCGCUGGGCUACGGUCACUCGCCGCACAUGCACCCGAAGCACAAGGGACUUCCUACCAACAGCAAGACAGAGGUCACUGUCUGA